AUGACGCCCCCCCCUGCUGCGGCAGAGACGUCGCAGCCACGGGCGUCGGCACCACCGCGCAUGCCGGCGAAGCAGAUGAUGGCCGUCUCCAUCAAGUCACUCGUCUCAAACGUGCUCGGCCGCGUCGGUGGUGCCGGCGCCGGCGGCAAUGACGGUGCCGGAAAGGUUAAGUCCGGCCUGACGGAGCUGUUCGCCAAGACUGACCCGGCCGUCGACGGCGACGAGUGCCUGCACGACUGCUCCAGCUGCACCGUCCGGUACCCGCGUGCCUUCAAGAUCGACGAGGAGGACCUGCUGUACGGUCAGGUCAAGGCCUGGAGCACCCACGUGCUCGUUGCCACCGGCAAGGCCGACUGGGUCCGCGACGUCGCCGACGAAAAGGGCAGCGUCAUGGAGGCCAUCGGCAAGGCGGACGCGCCCACGAACGGGAAGCUCAUGCUCUCCGCCUCGAACAUGCCGACGCCCCAUGACACGACCGACUACUCGGAACCGACGACGCUCCUCCUCCUCCCAGCCUUUACGCUCGUCCGGAACGCGGUCCCUGCGAACGUGCCGACGCUCAUCAACGACCUCAUCAACCGCGCACCGACGACCAUGUCGGCCCUGCAGCCCGCGAACAUACCGCCCACCCUCCCGGGACCCGAUCCGUCCAUCCCGGCGCUCAUCACCCGGCCCUGCCCACACCAGGCCGUCAUCCUCAUGUGCAGCCAGAGGACGCGCGACGCCCGCUGCGGCCAGAGCGCGCCCCUGCUCCGAAAGGAACUCGAACGCCACCUGCGACCCCUCGGUCUGUACCGCGACCUUCAUGACGAGCGCCCAGGUGGCGUCGGCAUAUAUUUUAUCAGUCAUGUUGGUGGUCACAAGUACUCGGCCAACGUCAUGGUCUAUCGACGACGCAACGCCUUCGGGCAGGAUGACGUCGACGACGACGACAGCAACAACAACAAAUCCAACGAUAACGGCAGCGGCAACGGCGAAGGCGAGGGCGAGGGCGAGGGCGACGCUGGCGCUGCCCAGGGAAUCUGGCUUGCACGGGUUCGACCCGAAGACUGCGAAAACCUCGUCCGAUACACCGUCCUCAAGGGCAAGGUCGUCAAGCCCGAGAGCCAGCUGAGGGGCGGCUUCGACCGGAUGAGAGGCCUGACCAGUUGGUGA